AGGUAAUUUGCCUGCUGGACUGUUUUACCCCCAAUCCUUCUUGUUUAGAUGUGUACAUGGUAACCACUCUAAUGGGAGCAGACCUUAACAACAUAAUCAAGUGUCAGAAACUCACUAAUGACCAUGUCCAGUUCCUCAUCUAUCAGGUUCUCAGAGGUCUCAAGUAUAUUCAUUCUGCAGGUGUUAUUCAUCGAGAUCUAAAGCCAAGUAAUAUUGCAGUCAAUGAAGACUGUGAACUCAAGAUCCUGGACUUUGGAUUAGCACGUAGCACAGAUGAGGAAAUGACAGGAUACGUUGCUACCAGAUGGUAUAGAGCACCUGAAAUCAUGCUCAAUUGGAUGCAUUAUACAGAUAAAGUUGACAUCUGGUCAGUAGGAUGUAUUAUGGCAGAGAUCCUCACAGGAAAGACUCUUUUCCCAGGGAAUGAUCACAUAAACCAGCUGAACCGUAUAGUCAAAGUUACAGGGAUUCAGGAGACCUUCUUACAAAAGAUCACAAGUGAUAGUGCAAGGCAAUACUUGAUGACACUUCCUGCAUACCCAGCAUCGGAUUUUAAAUCCAUCUUUACAGGAGCUGAUCCUGCAGCGAUUGAUCUUCUUGAGAAGAUGCUUCAAUUAGAUGAUGAUAAAAGGUUGAGUGCUGAGCAGGCUCUUCAACACCCAUAUGUUGCUAAAUUUCAUGAUCCAGAUGAUGAACCAACUGCCCCUUUAUUUGAUGAUAGUCUAGAGAACAGUGAUAUUGCAAUAGAUGAAUGGAAACAACGUGUUUAUAAAGAAAUAGUAGAUUUUGUUCCAGACCAAGGGGAUUCAUGUAUGGACUGAUGUGAAGAAGUCGGCAACCAAUUUCCUCAUCUGUACAAAGUCCCAAGUAAAAGAAGAAGAGAUUCUGAAUGGUUGAAGCAAAGAUUGUCAUUGUUCAUUAUUGCAGUUUGGUAUCAGUGUGCAUUAAAUGACUUCUUAGAAUCUUAGCACAAACAUGUGAUUUUGGGUGUAAAGAAUUCUAGCAAUCCUCCCACACUGCAAAAAUCACACAAGACCUGUAAUUUACUCAUCUUUCUCUUUGAAAUAUUACUAUUGUCAAAACAUACAGAAUACAUACAUAUUACCAUGAAGUGUGUUGAAUGUAGAUUAGUAUUUGCAAUAACUGUGUUUUAAAUCAUUGUCAGGGAUGGGAUUAACGAGAAUAUUUUCAAGUAGAAUAAUUAAUAUUUGUUAGACAGGCAAGCAUGGAAAAUGAGUUUUUAUAGAUGAAUUUCUCCAAAAUAGAUUUAGUUUCAGUUUUACCAGAUCAAUGGGAGCUUUCACAAAUGAAAAAUGAUUGGAGGAAAGCCUUUUUUUUUUUUCUUUAAUCUUUUUGGUCAUUUUUUUAAAGCUUGGUGCAUUGAUGGUACUUUGGAGACACUAAUUCAUGGAUAUUCUUUGAAUUUCAAUGGAUACUGGAAGUUUACAAGUAUUUUUUUUUCAAAUAUUUAUGAUCAGGUAUGCCACUGAAUUUGCAAUAACAUGAGUGUAUAGCUGUACAGUUAAAUCAAUAUUUCAUGAUGUUUUACUGCAUUUGUUGCAGAUUUUGUGGUAGUGUGUACCACUGUGAUGCAUUUGUAUAUAAAUAGACAGCUUGAAUAUUGUUGCUUUCAUCUAUUAGAGCAGUAAAGUUUGUGAAUCGUGCAUGUGGGCCAUAUUUAGAAUGUCUUUCGUGAUAGAGUACUAAAAAGCAAAUAAUUUCUAAAUAAUGUACAUUUUUUAAGCAUAGAGUUCAUCAUGUAAAAAAACAAAAAUUUAGCAUGUUUUUGCCACUAUUGCCAGAUUAAUAAUCAAAUUACUGUUAUUUUUCAUGUUCACUGUCUUGCAUUUAAACCGCUUCAAGUGAUCUCCUUUUAUACCUUGUAACUCAAACAAGUUUUGACAACAAUUUAAUGACUGAAAUAUGAAAUCAUUACAAUGAAUUGCUUCUGUUUAUCUCAGUACAUUUUCAUCCUGUUUUUCCAUCUCAGGUGGUAGCCAUCUAAGGGUAGGUGGAUUGUAAGAAACUUUAUUGCAAUCAAUUGCAUAUUUUUUAUUUGUGCUACCCAUCGUAUGAAUUAUCAAACUUUGAUCAAUAUUAAUUUUUGCAAAAGUGGAUAAGCCAGGGGAGCAAUUCAUCAACAUUUUUGUCUGACAAGUUGUUGGAUCUGACAACUUCCCCCUGAUUUUGAUUGGCUGAUAAGCACUCUUUCUAUGGUAAUUGUCGUAUAAAUAGGACUUGUCGGAGAAAACGUCCUACAAGUUCUUUCAUGAAGUGGUCCCCAGAUGUCAAAAUGCUAGCAUUGUCAUUUCUGCUUUUUUUUUUUGUGCCUGACCUUCAGUGCUAUAGUAACUACAUGGGCUGGGCUGAUCUUAUGGUCUAGCUAUGCAAUAAUAUUGGUUUAAAAGUCAGUUUUGCAUCAGCUUUCAUGAGGAGGUAAUUAUUAUUUGGAGACUUCAUGAAGCAUUGAAAAUACCUUUAACAGAUACAUCAAGAAAUUUUGGGGCCAAGCCUAAUUAGACUCGCACAACUGUCAGGCCAGGUAAUGUGAGACAAUGAUUUUACCAUAAAGCACUUUCCUAUGGAAUUACAUAACGUCUGCUCAUCAUAAAUCUUGUUCUACCAUGGUUCUACCAGGUGUAAUUUAUAUCUAAAAGGUGUACAAAAAAAAGAUGCAUAACUGACUUUAACUAGUGAAUCAAUUCAUACCUUCUAUUGCAAGAAUCAGACCAGCAUUUUUUUUUUCUUAAAGAUUGUCAGAUUAUUAUAUGAUUGAAUUUUAGGAACUACAAUUGACUUUCAAUUAAUUAAUAGUUUCUAUCAAGCCCCCUAAGGGUUUCUAAAUUUGCUUUGAAAAAUCAGACAUGAUACUAGUAACCUGUCUAUGCAUAUUUUCAUGCCAAUUUAGAUAUCUAAAAUGGACUCUGUCCAUUCUUUUAUAAAAAAUAAUAACCAGUUCAUGAAUUGAAACCUGGGGCCCAUUGAAUAAAACUUUUUACCUGAGAAAACUCAGGUUGUUUUUACCGGAGUUGUUGCCCUGUGUUAAAGUCCAUGGCAGAAAUCAGACUAAUCUUAGUUUUCAGUUUUUACCAGAGUUUUGUCCGGUAAAAAGUUUUAUGCAACUGGCCCCUGACGUAAUAAGUGCUCAAACUGAUAGGUGUAAACUGCCAGUAAUUAUUUUCCUUGUUGAUGAAAAAAAACAAUUUAAUGUAACAUGUAAAUGCAGUGUUUAUUUAGAAUGAAAAUUUUGUUUUGCUCUCAAUAAUUUUUUUUUCUUUUCGCUGUGCCUUUAUUAUAGACUCAACUCUGCUACACGAUGCUGUUUUAUUUUUACACUAAAAAUGUAUAUACAUAUAUGUGUAUAAGUUGAAUUGUACCAUCCCACUUAUUGUAAAUACUGGUAAAUUGUGAAAUGUUUUAUAUGUAAGAAGGAAUAUUAGAUUGUAUCUGAAAAUCAUUGGAAUGACAAAAUAGAAUUAUGAAGUCAAAAAGAUUAUUUAUGAUGCUAUCAAAGUUAUUCGCUUUGUAUGUAUAGAGUAUAGAAACUGCUACUCAUGUUUCUAGUUGGAAGUGGAUGUUAAUAGAAUUGUUCUUGUUGAAUUUGUCAGUCUUGAAUUGAAUAUUUGAAAAUAUAAUGUUUAAAAAUGUUAUUAUUAAAGAUCUUUAUUUGACGUAGAUUGUGAUUCUUCAGAAAUGUACAUUCAAACUUUAUAAUUUUUACAAUGUAUGAAAUGUCCUUAUUUCUUGGUAAUGUACAUGAAUCUACAAUGGAUAUUGAAAGAUUUAAGUAAUUUAGGUUGAAUGACAUAGAUUACAUUUCUUUUUCUAUUAAAAUUUAUAAGCCAUUUAUUGUAAUGAGGAGAUAAAGGAUUAUACUUAUAUAAUGUCACUUAGGUAUAAACACAUACUCCUAAUAUGAAUUUGCCCUUUGCAUCAAUUAUAUCAACAACAACAAAAAAUUAUAUCCCAUCAGCGUUAUUAGGCUUGUUCCCAUAGGAUUUACUAUAGGAUUUAGAUCGUUACUGUGGGAGCAUCGUGGUUCUGAGUCUUGCCUUGUUAUCAGAGGUUAUGUGUUUGAUUCCCACCGCAGCCUAUCAUCCUUUGGCAAGGCAUCAAUCUGCACUUUGCCACUCUCCACCCAGGGGUUAAAUGGUUACCUGGUGGGACACAAAAGCCUAUGGAGUAUGCCUAGAGAUUGAGUCUUGGAACUCUUGUUUGAAUGUUCCCCAGGGAGUUGAGAAAGUGUAUAUAUUGUGUGUGAGCACGUAAAGAUCGAUGGCUGGGUUAUAAUUACAGAUGUACCUUGUAAAGCGCAUAGAAACACUAAGUAUAAAGCAUUAUACAGUGCAUUCUACAUAAAACUAAACCAAGAAUUAUAAACUUAAUCACAAAAACAAUAGACAAAUGACCUUUCAUUAUAAAGCUUUGAGUUUCUAAUUUCAUCUGAAAUAAGUUAUGAGACUCUUUAUUUACGCAUGAGUGAGUAAAAACCAUUCGGAGAAAUAAUACCAAAAAGUCACUUGGCGGCGGUAACAAAGUUUCAAAACGAAAAUCACAUUUUUUUAAAGGUCAAUAUCUGGUCUUUACUCCAUAAUUUCAAUAAACAAACAUGUUUUCACAGACCAUCAAAGCUUUCACACAGUUAACAAAACACGUAAUGCAUGGCUGAUGGUCAACCAAAAAAAAAGGAGUGUUGAGUAUUGACAGCUAACCUGUAAAAAAUUCCUUCAGUUUAUAGCAUUAUUUGAAUUCAAGCCUUAUUUCAAAUAAAACAUUUUAUUUUUUUACCAUUUUCUGUGAUUGAGGUAUCAAAGUAAAGAGCAGAUUUUGAAUUUUGGGGACAUGUGAUUUUCUUUUUGAAACUUGGAUACCACCCGCCAAGUGACUUUUUGAUGUCCUUCAAACUGAGUUUGCUCACUCAUGCAGAAUUGAGGAAUCAUACAAAUUAUACCAGAUGAAAAAAGAGACUGCUUUAUAAUGAUAGGUCAUUUGUCUAUUGUAUUUGUGAUUUAGAAAUAAUUCUGUUUCAUUUUCUUCUGGGACACACUGUAUAAAUGUAACUAUUAUUAUGAUUAUUGUAAAAUUGGGAAAUCACAAUUAAGAGUUUGACACCUCUUCCAGUUUUCAUUGAAAUUAAUUCAUUUAUGAUUAGAUUUCCCCCGGGAUUCCUUCACAUAAAGUGGUUAGUUUAAUAGUUUUCAAAUAUAUGAUCAGUUUGUGAAUCAGUUUAUACUCUUUUACAUUAAUGAAAUCAUCUGAGACAUUUAAAACAAACUGCAUUUAACCAUUUUCAUGGAUAUUGUAAUCAUGAAUAUUGCAAUUACAUUUUUUUUAAGCCUCUACUUGUGUUUGUUUUGUCCAAUAAUUUGAAUAUAAUACCUUCAUUCUGCUAUUAAACAUGGGUGGAUAUCUUUAAUAUUAA